AUGGGUACAGACAACACAACACUACUGCAAGAAGUUCUCCUGUUGGGAUUUUCAUGGUCACAGGCACUUCAGCUCUCUCUCUUCAUGUUUUUUUUGGUGAUGUACAUCCUCACUGUCAGUGGUAACCUUGCUAUCCUGAUUUUGGUGAGUAAAUACCACCAAGUACACACUCCCAUGUACUUCUUUUUGAGCAAACUUUCUUUCCUGGAGAUUUGGUAUACCACAGCUGCUGUCCCCAAGGCCCUGGCCAUUCUACUGGGGAGAAGCAAGACCAUCUCAUUUACUGGCUGCCUGUUGCAGAUGUGCCUUGUUUUCUCAUUAGGCUGCACAGAAUACUUCCUCCUGACAGCCAUGGCCUAUGACUCAUAUCUGGCUAUCUGCUGUCCUCUACACUAUGUGGCUCUCAUGAGCAGCCUGCUCUCUGCCCAGCUGGCCCUGGGUUCCUGGGUUUGUGGCUUUGUGGUCAUUUCAGUGCCAAAAGCUCUCAUCAGUGGCUUCUCUUUCUGUGGUCCCCAUGCCAUCAAUCACUUUUUCUGUGACAUUGCCCCCUUUAUUGCCCUGGACUGUACCAGCACAGAGGUGAUAGAACUUGUGGUCUUUGUGAUUGCUUUUCUGGUUAUCCUGAGAUCGUGCCUCAUCACCCUGAUCUCCUACUUCUACAUCAUCAGAACAAUCCUUAAGAUCUCAUCCAGUGGCAGGAGCAAAGCCUUCUCCACAUGCUCCUCUCAUCUGACUGUGGUGCUCAUCUGAAAUGGAUCCAUAAUGUUCCUUCAUGUUCAUACAUCAAUCAAAGUCUCCUUGGAUCUGAGCAAAGUGGUACACAUCCUCAACACUGUUGUGACUCCAGUUCUGAACCCGUUUAUCUACAGCCUCCAUAACAAGGAUGUAAGAGAAACUCUGCAAAAGAAGUGGAAGAGAAAAUAA